GCAGGAGGAAAGGAAUUAGUUUAGCUCCAUCGAUGGAAGAGUUGAAAAAUAGCUGCGUCACCCGAACUCCUUCUACAUUGGCCAAUUUCUUGAAACCCAUCUCUAUGUACUUGCCAGCAGUCAUUGGUGAUCCGGAAUCCAUCGAACGAAUUGCCUUCGAGUUCUGUGAAGAUGCUGCGAAAGACAAUUUAUGUUACGUUGAAAUCCGUUACAGUCCUCACUUGCUGGCAUCGACACACGGGAACGUGACAUUCCCCCACGUGACACGCACAGUGUCACCCAGUGAUGUAGUGGACUAUGUGAACAGGGGACUGUCAAAGGGGAGUGCCACAUUCGGAAUCAAGGUUAGGAGCAUUCUGUGUGGCAUACGAGGAAGAACUGGUUGGAUGGAAGAUGUUGUGAAAUUGUGUAGUGAAUACCGGUAUCAGAAAGUGGUGGGAAUCGAUGUUGCCGGUGAAGAAAAAAACCUGGAGGACACAACAGCUGAGGAGGCCGCCGCUUUUAAGUUACCCAGCAUGCUUCACUGGAGUGGCCGAGAAGGAGAUCACAGAAAAAGAACCGACAGCACAGGAGUACUGUCAACUCAGUCACCAGAUAAGUGCAUAUAUUUAGAGAACUUCUCCACUUCCCGGAGCCAGCAAGCAGUGGAAGAAGGAGAUACUCCAAUCAUCACACAAGACAAAUUUGCUGAAGACGGUGCCAACUUUUCCAUUAACCGUGAUGAUCCGACAUUAAUACAGAAGACAUUGGACGAUGAUUACACAUUAUUAAGAAAUCUCGGACUUCGGGAAGCUCACUUCGCAAGGGCGAAUUUCAAUGCCGCUCGAAGUUCUUUCUUGCCUACAGAUGAAAAGAAAGAGUUGAUUCAAUAUCUGAAGCGCGUCUAUGGGACUGAGUAAUAUCUCC